AUGACUUCGUUGCCGGCGGCGGUCUUCAAAUCACAAGAUUUCACUUUCUCAAUAUGUGGAAUACACUAUACAAUGCUGCUUUUAGAGCCUGUUAUAUAUACGUUGGCUGGGAAAAGUCGGGACUUUGGCCCGUUAACAGAGAAACCCCCUUCAACCACUACGACUUGCAGCCAAGCAGAAAACCGAGCCUCUCUUCCCCAAGCUUCUACAUCCUAUUACACCAAGAAAGUCGAAAAACAGCUCAAUGAUAUACGUGAAAAGCUUCAGAUACUAAGCAGCCCAACGAGAGAAAUACUGAGGAAUGUAGAGGCAUCUCUUGACUAUGCAAUCAUCGCAAAGUCGGCACAGCUUGAGAUCGUUAAACUGCAACGCGAGCGGCUCGCGAUGGAGGCACGCCGGACCGGCUCACGGCGGCGAAUCCGCAACGAAGAUGGAGGUGCCUAUACAAUAAAGAGCCUGCGCAAGCAGGUGUCACAGCGCAAAAGAGCAAGAAUCCUGGUUGAAGGAGCUACGGCAGAAGGCACAGCCCCUGUUGAUGCAAGCGGCCUGAAGUUGCGAGGCAGGGCCGCGGCCAAAGCAAAGGCAGAAAAGGAAGCUCGUGAUACAGCCAAGUGGGAAGAGAUCAAGAAGUCAUUUAUAAAUGAUUGGGAAAUUGAGAAUCAACAACGGAUUGCAAAGAAGUGGAAUGAAGUUGAUGAUGAAGAGAAGAAGCUGAUGAUUUCAACGGUACCCAAAUCACUCCUUGACGGCAUCCCUGACCUUGACAAAUGGCAAGAAGAUCACCCCUUUACCUUCAUUGAAGAUGAUGAGGAUGUCAAUCCAUCGCCAAAUGCCGAAGAUUUCAUCUCGGUAGCUUCAUCGCUUGAGCUCCCGCAACUUCCUCGAUCUGUUACUUCGGAUAGUGAUGAUGUUAGUAUCAUUGUAUCCUCCCAGGCGAGAGCUUCUCAAAAGCCCCAGCAAACUAUACAAUGGCUCCCUUUGGCGUGGAAAUCAACAGGGAGGAAAUCGAAGAGAUACCUAGAGAGAAUUGGGGGUUGGGGCUACGAUCGGAGGCCAAAUAAUUACUCAUCGCGAGAGGAAGUGGUGUUGAGUGAUUCCGGGCCAGUAGCCGGCCCUGCACCGAAGUCGCCGUGA